AUGAAUAGACAGAAUAUCCUAUAUAUAUAUAGGAAUAUGAGUUCGUGUGUACCGCUGACGUACAGUAUAUUAAGUGUAGGCCUAAACACCACUUAUGAUGUUAAUAACUGUUUGGAUGUAUUGAUUGUUGUGAACAGAGAGAAAAGAAGUGGAAUUUCUGAUCAAAGACUCGCCGAAUUGGAAACACUUCUGGAGCUGAAGAGAUUGCGCGAGAAUUUAAGGACUCGAACCCCUGUUGCUUACGGGCUGAUUGACCCUGCUAAAAUUGGGAGACGUCGAAAACGCGACCAUUACUUCAAAACUAAUUAUUUCGAUAAACUUCUGACGAGAGAUAAAUUGGCAAAAACAGUGAUCCCGGUCACUGGGUUCAACGAUUAUGAUCAAUAGAGUAAUUGUUGUUAUAUUAUAUGUUAAUAGUGUAUAAUAUAAUAAACGAUACGAUGUGUGGAUUACUUCAGAAAAACUAGUCAAUUAUGUCUCGUUAACUACAUUCUCAACAAACGGCACAAUUCGUCAUACAUUUGAAUCAAUUGUUAUACUCUUUAUUCAUUCAAAUUAUUUAUUUCAUUCAUUUAAUUGUCGAUUUAAAUCCAUUUUUAUAUAUUGAUAUAUAAUUUAUUCUUUUUUAAGCGUUUCUUUACUUAAUUUAUAUUCAAUUAUUGUUGUUUUAACUCUAAUUUAUUUGCAC